AUGAAGCUGGCGCAGGAGUCGCAGACCUCCAUUUCUGAAUCCAGCAUCAAUGUUCAUUCCGGUGACUUGGAGCACCACUUGAAUGAAUCCACUUUGGAUUCUUUGGGUUCUUUGGAUGUGCAGAGUGCCUUGCUCGCUCGCUCCUCGAGAACCUCUGUCGGUGACCACAUCAACCGUACCAGGGAUGAAGAGCUCGAGGAGUCCCUGGAUGCCGUGGUCUCGGCGAAAUUCUUCGGCUCGGUCGUCAACACCUUCAAAGGAGCUGCCCAGGUGGUCGCAGAUGCCGGCAUGGCCGUGGGCUCGGCCGUUGCCAACGCCGCCGUCGUGGUCGGGAAUCAUGUCAUCAGGGCACCGACCAUGCGCAUUGACCAGCUGCCUCAGGGCCUCAAAAACUUCGCGGAGGACCUGGGAAAUCAGGCCCUGAACGUUGCCACAGUCACAGCCCACACCGCCGUGCACGUGGCCCAGAAGGCAGCGACGACAACGAUCCAGCUGGCGGGGACUGUGUUGGAGCACGCGAAGAAGACGGCCGAGCAAGGGGCAAAGCUGGCAACCAAAGUGGGAAACUUCAUCGCAGACCAAGCUCGCGCCCUGGGAGGCGAGAUCGCCAAGCUUGGGCCUUUGGCCGCAGGCCUGGGGCAGGCAGCUUGGAACGAGAUGAAGAAGUUCAUCAGCUGCCUGAGGGAGUCCACAUCUCUUUGUCAGCUGCUGAUUGGAAAGGAGUGUGAUUGCAGUGCCGGAAGCUACGUCGAGAUGCAUCACGACCGGAUGGAGCUGAGGUGCGUCUUCAGCAAAGUCUCCGAGUUUUCGCAGGGGUUCGGGAUCAAGGCAACCCGGGCCGGCAGCGGUGACCCGAGCUUAGGGCUUCCGGGAGAAGAGUAUGCACAGGCCACCAAGAUGUACAACGACGUCCUGAAGUCCCGAAAGGGCUUGAAAGCCAUGCAGCAGGCUGCCCCCCAGCCGUUAUGCGAAGCAGGGCUCGAGAUCGCCAUCGAUGGCGUCUCGCAGUUCAGCCCUGACGUCAAGGUCACCGUGCACACGAACGGGGACACGUGGUUCGAGAUCAGCGGCUCCAUCCGGGCAUCCUACGACACCCUCGUCACGGGCCAGGGCAGCUGCAGCUACACGCUCAAGAGGGGCCUGCCGGAGCAGCCCAAAACCAAGGUGAUCUGUGCCGGGAAAUUCUGCAUCAUGAUCUCGCUUCAGAUGGUUGCAGCCCUGGCGAUAAAAGGCGUCCUCACGGGAACUAUGGACCUGUCCACCGAAGUGGAGUUCGAGAUCUCCGCCAACGUCUUUGUCAACAAGCACGGCAGAUCCGACGUGACUGCGAACAGCCCGGUCAUGAAGCACCAGGAAGCUGUCAAGAUCGGCGUCAGCGCCGACGCAUCCGUCAAGUUGAGCGUCGGGCCAGAGCUCGUAGUGUGGCCCAUGCCGGGAAUUCCCAUAACGUUUGCCCCCAAGAUGCAUGCCGAAGCCAAAGCGAGGGGCACUAUCCAGCACUCAAGUGCACUGCUGCUCGACCAGGAGUCUGAUUGGGUCUCCCAUCCUGCGAACACGAGCUCAAACGCAAGCUUCAGCCUUCUCGAAGAGCAGGAGAGCCGGUCCAACGUGCUCGAGCCUUGUGGCGCAGCGGCCGUGACGAUCUACUCGGACUUCGGCAUUACCGGCUUCGGCCUGCCCGCAUGGCUGAGGGCUUUGCUGGAUGACGGCUUGCUGAGGCACCUGAUCCAUGUGGCCUUGAUGAAAGGUGCCGAGGCGAUGAUGAAGAUGAUGACCGGCCCCAUGCAGUGCGUGCCGGGCGCCUCUGCAGUCACCAACAGGGUCAUGGAGGCUGCGAGCGCAGCAGCCUCGGCCAUCUCAAACCUGAUCCCGGACCUGGGCCUGAGAUGGGACUUCAAGACGAUCCAGCUUCUACAGCCUCAGAAGUUCUUCUGUGAGGAGGUGUGGACGACACCGAACUUCCAGGAUUCUCCUUGUGCUUCGGAACUCGGCUGUAAGACUGCUGGCCAGGGACGUCCAGACGAGUCGGAGGUCGAGGAUGUGCCACCAGCAAUGGUGACGAACACCCCUCAAAACACACACGGAACGCCCGGAUGCUUCGACCUUCCCAUGGGAGAUCGCUUCAUACAGCUUGGCAAGUGGCGCAUCGCCGACAUCGACGGGAACCACUUCACGAUCUCGCACCAGGACCAUCACAAAGUGCCCACCUUGUGGCGAGGUCAUGAUGGGACAACCCACCAUACCCACAGAAGCGGCUGGGAGACUCACUGGCAUGCCUGGGGCAGGCCGAUCUUGCCGUGCGGCCAAGCCAAGCAGAUCAAGUUUGGGUUCCAGUUCAUCCAGAUUGGCAACUUCCGCAUCGGCGCAGUCGACGACAACCACUUCUCUGUUUCGCAGGUCCACUCCAAGAAGACGUGUGCGAUUUACAGAAACGAUGCGCAGAGGUUUUGGGGACCGCGCACUGACUGGAACGUCUUGGACCGUUCCGAGGGCGCUCCAAUCGGUGUCACUGUUGGAGACCGGUUCCUGCAACUGGGCAACUUCCGCCUUGGGGACGCGGACGGCUCGCACAUGCCCUUGAUCUGGACGCAUGACGGACACAAGCGGACGAUUGAGGUUUACACGAAUGCCGGUCAUGUCGCCCACGACAACCAGAAUUGGAACUACGUGCUGCACCGUCCCGUGGCCCCAUGGACCUGCAAGGGCAUUGCGGAGGUGGCCCAUGGAGUCUGCAAUCCGAACUUCGGAUCCUGGGGAGACCGCUUCGUGCAGAUCGGCGACUGGCGCUUGGCAGCUCUCGAUGCGCACCACUUCAGCAUCUCCCACAAGAAUGGCAACAACGCCCAAAUCUACAAGAGCAAUGGCCACCGCUACUCGGGACGCUGGAGUGACAGUGCCUGGCGCAGGCCCAUCGGCCUUCCCUCCGGCAUCACCUUCGGGAGCGAGUUCAUCCAGAUCGGCAACUUCCGCCUGGCAGCGCUGGACCACAACCACAUGAGCAUCUCCCAUCAGAAUGGGCAGACUGCGCAGAUCUUCCGAGGGCAUGAUGGCACCCUUCACCCAGGGCCGAGGACCGAUUGGAAUGCGUGGCAAGGACAUUGGGGACGCAGUGCUGGUCCCGCCGGAGUGGGCUAUGGGGAUCGGUUCUUGCAAAUUGGCAACUUCCGCAUCGGGGUUGGGGACGGAUCUUCGCAGCAUUUGCUGCUGACCCACACCAACCCCGGGAAUGGCAACAGCCAGACGAUUCAAGUGUACAAAUACGAUGGCACGGUCCAGGGGCGCCAGCCGACUUGGACCACCCAUUUGGUCCACCGACCCACACAGUGGCACUGUGGUGCCAUCCAGAGCAUCCUCGGAUCUUGCCCAGGAAUCACCACAGGCCCCGGGUUCAUCCAGUUUGGGGACUGGCGCCUGGCGGCGAUUGACUGGUGGCACUUCUCCAUCUCCCACCGCACCAUCCACACAUCUAUGAUCUUCACUGCUGAUGGGCAUCACCACCCAGGAUCGCGAAGGGAUUGGAGCGGCUGGGGCCUUGAGCCCAGGCACGUGGCCGCCGGAGAGAUGGGGGAAGUGAAGCUGGGAGAUCGAUUCAUCCAGUUCGGAAAGUACUGGCGGAUCGGCGAAGUGGAUUCCAGGCAUUUCUCCGUCUCUCAUGUUCAUGGCAAGACUUCCUACAUCUACCGCGCAGAUGGGCAUCUGUUCGGGGGCCCCCGCACCGACUACAACCUCUGGUCUCGCAAGUACACCGGCAAGCCUAAAGGCGUUUCCUUUGGGGAUCGCUUCGUGCAGAUCGGUAGCUUCCGAGUAGGAGCCGUUGAUCAUUGGCACUUCUCCGUGGCGCACAUGGAUGGCAAGACCGUUGAGAUCUACACCGGAGACGGGCAUCGACAUAUGGGGAACGGACACCGCACCGACUGGACGACCUUUGGUCGUCCGCUGGCGGAUUGCCAAGUUCUACCCGAGAGCAAGCAGCUCUUUACAUCCAGCUCGCUGGUCGCCUUGUACAGCCCCGCGCACAAACGCUACCUGCAGCUGAACAAGCACACACAAGACAUGGCAGCCACUGGCGUCAUGGACGGGCCGGUGGAUCUUCCCUACGGCAUGGCCUUCGAGCGCUUCGCCGUCGUCGAUGCGGGCAACGGGAACGUCGCGCUGCACAGCGCCCUCAGCAACCGCUUCAUGAAGAUGGCCGGGGACCAGAUGACCGUCAGCCCAAUCAAGGCGGCCAAGCACUUGCCGGCUGGUUGGGGCUCAGAGUUCUUUCGAGUCGUCGACGCAGGAGAUGGAAUGGUGGCACUCCACAACCCAGGCAACAACCGCUACGUCACCAUGGAACCGAGUGGACAUGUCAGAGCCAGCAGCCACCAACAUGCCCACACGCUGCCUUCGGGGUGGUCAUGGGAGCGCUUCUACAUGGUGCCUGUGAAGAACUACCUUCAGCCAGGCACGAUGGUGGCCCUGCACAAUGCUGCUCACAACCGCUUCCUGCGCAUGCACGGCCACUACAUGGAUGGCAGCGGCCACCACCACGCCGCCCUCCCCGAUGGCUGGACGUGGGAGCGAUUCAGAGUGGUGGAUGCAGGCAACGGCAUGAUUGCAUUGUACAACCGCAUCCACAAUCGCUACGUGAAGAUGGGCUGGGACGGACAUCGUCAUACAGUGAGUUGCAGUCCGCAUCCGCCCACGGGCAGCAGCGAGCUCCCAAAUGGCUGGGGCUCUGAGAGCUUCGUGCCCGUUCCGAUCAAUGCAGCGCACAACGACGUCGCGCUUUGGCAUCCGGACCACCAUCGUGCGCUCACACUGAAUGGCAACAGAGUCGAGGCGAGUCAGCACCACGUAGCCGCCCAGGACAUGAACGUCCACUGGACCUGGCAGACCUUCCGGGUGCUAGUGCCAAAGGCCUCACACCUCGCACCGAUCCGUCUGCUCGGCUGCGAGAAAAAGACCGCCGAGAGCUUCGGAGUCCGAGGCUCGCUCAAGCUGUCAUUGUCAUCUUCCGUCAACGCCAGCUCCUACUCGAAGCUGUCCUCGGGGAGCAAUGCGAGCACCCGGCUCUUCCACUAUGGCUCCACGGUGGCCAUCUUCAACCCGCUACACAAGCGCUACGUGCAAAUGAACAAGCAUCACCAAACUAUGAGCUCCACCGGCGUCCACCAUGAUGGGGAUCUGUCGCUGCCGAUGCAUUGGACGUACGAGCGCUUUACCCUCGUGGAUGCUGGCCAUGGAAGGGUGGCUCUUCACAACACGCUCAGCAACCGCUUCAUCAAAAUGGCCGGCGACCAUGUCACCAUCAGUCCAAUCAAGGCCAGCAACCACCUCCCACAUGACUGGGGUUCCGAGUUCUUCGAGGUCGUCGAUGCAGGACAUGGCAUGGUCGGGCUUCACCAGCCGGGCAACAACCGCUACAUUUCCAUGAGACCGGAUGGACAUCUUUAUGGCAGUCCCCACCAUGGCAGCGACCAUGUGCCCCAUGGUUGGACCUGGCAGAAGUUCUUUCUCGUGCCCGCAAGGCCUUACCUCGUACCCGGGUCCGUUGUGGCCCUGUACAACAGGCCCGCCAAUCGCUUCCUCCGCAUGCACAGCACUUUCAUGGACGGCAGUGGCCACCCACCCCAUCCCCCCAACUUUCCCGAGAAUUGGGGCUGGGAGAGGUUCAAAGUGGUGGAUGCCGGCUUUGGCAGGAUUGCGCUGCACAGCCACUCCUGGCAUCGCUUCGUGAAGAUGGACCACCACUCGGUGACCGUCAGCCCGCACUCUGAUGGCAGCCAUUGGCCCCAGGGUUGGCACUCCGAAGCCUUUGUUCCCAUUCCCAUCGACCCACGCCACAACAAGAUCGUGCUCUGGCACCCCGACUUCGGGCAUUGCAUCAAGCAGCACGGUCACACCGUCAUUCGCAGCCCGCACAUCAACGCCCAGGACGUGCCGCACUCGUGGGCAUCAGAGAUUUACGAGGUCGUGACGCUCUCAGACCCCCCAGCGGCCUAG